UUACUCCUAUUUUUUUUCUCUCUGUAAUCAAAUCAAAGCCUGAGCAAUACUCGCGCUUUCUAAUCUCAAUCAAAACAAUCCCCAUUUCGAAGCCCCUCGCAUGGACUCCCUUCAAGCCACCUACCGAGAAGAAGAAGAAGAUGACGAUGAAGAAAAACCCACUAGCCAUGGGGAUCCUUCACCCGCUGCCACUACCGCCAUUGAACUUGCGGAACAUCGGAAUGAUACAGAAGAACCACAAAACGACACGGAAACUUCUCAAAACGGCGACUCGACCAAAAAUCAAGAGCCGUUUGUAUCUGGUCUCUCUGAAUCGGACCCAACCACCUCCAACGACACUGAAAAGCCCACUACUAAAUCCCCCAAAGUAGAGGAUAUGGAGGAAGAAGAAGAUGAGGACGACGAUGAAGACGAAGACCCACCUCCCAAAAAGCAAAAGCAACUCUCAUCUCUGACCCAACAGCAACGAGAAGAAGAACCCACUACCAUUGACGAGAACAACAAUGGCAAUGUUGUGUCGAGCGAAAUUAAGACUCCAUCCACAACGCAAGCAACAACGAAAAAGAAAUCUAAGAAAAAGAACAACAACAAUGUGUGGGUAACGAGAUCUACCCGUAAAGGCAAGAAGAAAACCAAGCCUAAUCCCCAGAAUACUCCUGCUGAAGAUACAGUUUUGAUAACCCCUGUCCCCAGAUUCCCAGAUAAAAGUGACGAUACCCCAGACAUGAAAAUUUGCUUAUCCAAAGUAUACAAAGCUGAGAAAGUGGAAUUGAGCGAAGACAGAUUGAGUGCUGGAAGUACAAAAGGGUAUAGAAUGGUGAGAGCCACUAGAGGUGUUUGCGAAGGGGCAUGGUACUUUGAGAUUAAAGUGGCGAGUUUGGGAGAGACAGGGCACACUCGUCUUGGAUGGUCAACAGAGAAAGGGGACCUGCAGGCGCCAGUUGGAUACGAUGGGAACAGUUUUGGGUAUAGAGAUAUUGAUGGGAGUAAAGUGCACAAGGCAUUGAGAGAAAAGUAUGGGGAGGAAGGGUAUAAGGAAGGGGAUGUUAUUGGGUUUUAUAUUAAUUUACCGGAAGGUUCAUUAUAUGCUCCUAAGCCACCACAUUUGGUUUGGUAUAAAGGGCAGAGGUAUGUCUGUGCUCCAGAUGCUAAGGAGGAUCCUCCUAAGAUCAUACCUGGAAGUGAGAUAUCUUUCUUCAGAAAUGGGGUAUGUCAAGGCGUUGCAUUCAAGGAUUUAUGUGGUGGUCGUUACUUCCCUGCUGCUUCAAUGUACACCCUUCCAAAUCAACCAAAUUGUGUGGUCAAGUUUAACUUUGGACCUGACUUUGAAAUUUUUCCUGAGGAUUUUGGUGGGCGUCCAAUUCCUAGGCCCAUGUUUGAGGUUCCUUAUCAUGGGUUUGAUAAUCGUGUUGAACAUGGGGUGUCCAAUGAGAUCAAACAUUAACUAUCUGACUAUCUGUGAAGUUGGGAGAUUAAUCCAAGUUUAGCAUUCUAUUUGUAAUUUUGGUUAGUAUUAAAUUAGAACUGACAGAUGAAUUAAUUGAUUUGUAAACUCCAAUUUUCUUUAAAAGAGAGAAAAAAAAGAGAAGUUGAUUUCUAUUUAUGAAAUGUAAUGCUGUGGCACAAGCCUGAUGAUCUAUUGACAGAGUUUCUUGGUAUUGGAUUUCUGGUUUUUAUUGAUGAUGUAAGUUAGCUCACUUCAGUAUUGCUGAACUGGUUUCCCUGUUUAUACUGAAAGCAUAGUAAAUUUUUUCAGAGUUCUUAUUCA